GAAUGACCGGGGCUCUGGGAUCACAGUGAGAGGUUUGGGGGCCAGGGUUCUGGGAUCACAGUGAGAGAUUUUGGGGGGCAGGGCUCUGGGAUCACAGUGAUGAGGAGAGGUUUGGUGGAACCCCAAGUUAUUUUCUGUGUUCUAGAUCCUUCCCCGUUUAGUCUCCUAGCUCCAUCCACAACUCCCCAGUUAGACACACAAUAAACAAGCCAUUUGCACAGGAAGCAGGUCCCUUUGCAGCUGGCAGGCCCCCAGAGGAUUCUCCCGAGCUGGGAUGCAUUUAAGAGCAGGCAGUGCAAUGCCCUUGAAGCAGUAUUUCAUUAGAGUGCUGCAUUGUGUCCAGAAGGGGCCGGGAUACACAUACAAAGAACUGCUGGUCUGGUACUGCGAUAACACCAACAUGCAUGGACCCAAGCGCAUCAUUCGAGAGGGGCCGAAGAAAAGAGUGUUCUGGUUCUUCCUGGUGCUGCUCUCAGUGUCGCUGCUUAUUCUGCACUGUGGGACAGUUGUGCAGCGAUAUUUCUCCUAUGACGUCACUCCAUCGCUCUCGGUGGGAUUUAAAGCCAUGGCAUUUCCAGCGGUCACAGUCUGCAAUGCCAGCCCCUUCAAAUACUCCAAGGUGAGGCAUCUAUUGAAAGAGUUGGAUGCGCUCACUGAGGCAGCCCUGGAAAGGAUCCUGCAGUCCAAGCUUGGGGACGCAAUCUCAGCUCCCCCACUAAACUCCAGUGAGACUGUUUAUCAGAGGUUAGACCUGAAGCUCUGGAACCAAAUCCCCUUGGUUCUGAUUGACGAGAGUGACCCAGACCAGAUCAUCGAUCUCUUUGAGACCAAGCAAAGCGGCUCAGGAACCAGACCCAACAAUUCCUUUCCCUCCCUGUCCAACGUGAUGUCAGAAACACAGAAACACCGAGUGGCAGUGAAGCUGUGCAGCCACAAGGCCACCCCCCAGUGCAUCUACAAGAACUUCACCAGCGCAGCCCAAGCAGUGACAGAAUGGUACAUUCUACAGUCCACUAGCAUCCUCUCUAAAGUCCCGCUGCAAGAGAGGAUCAAGAUGAGCUACCAGCCAGAGGACAUGAUCCUAGCAUGUCUGUAUGGGGCAGAGCCCUGCAGCUACAGAAAUUUCACCCAGAUCUAUCAUCCUGACCAUGGCAACUGCUACAUCUUUAACUGGGGCAUGGAUGAGGAAGCCCUGAUUUCUUCCAACCCUGGAGCAAAGUUUGGGCUGCAGUUAAUUCUGGACAUUGGCCAACAAGACUACAUUCCCUACCUCACAUCUACUGCUGGGGCCAGGCUUAUGCUGCAUAAGCAGAAGAGUUUCCCAUUUCUUAAAGACCAGGGCAUCUAUGCCAUGUCUGGGACAGAAACCUCUAUCAGCGUAUUAGUGGAUGAAUUGGAGCGGCUGGGUUACCCUUACAACAACUGCACGACAGAUGGCUCUGAUGUCCCUGUGAAAAAUCUAUAUAACAAGUACAACACUUCCUAUUCCAUACAGGCUUGUCUGCACUCCUGUUUCCAAGCUCAGAUGUUCAAAAAUUGUGGGUGUGGUCACUAUCUGUUUCCUUUAUCUGAAGGGGUAAAUUAUUGCAACAGUGAAGAUGAUCCAGACUGGGCAUAUUGCUAUUCUUCACUGAGACCAAGUAUAGGACACAGGCAGUCUUGUAUUGACUCUUGUAAGGACACAUGCAACAACACUCAGUUCAAAAUGACCAUCUCUGUGGCAGGCUGGCCAUCUGAGGUGUCAGAGGACUGGAUUUUCCAUAUUUUGUCCUAUGAAAGAGAUCUGUCGACAAAUGUGACACUGGACCGAAAUGGGAUCAUCAAGCUAAAUAUUUACUUUGAAGAGUAUAACUACAGAACCAUCUCGGAAUCUGCAGCUAAAACUCUCUUUCUGCUUGUGAGUGAAUUGGAAGGCCAGUUCUCAUUCUGGAUGGGCGGCUUGGUGCUGUGCCUCAUUGAAUUUGGAGAAAUCAUCAUUGACUUUCUGUGGGUCACCAUAAUUAAUAUCAUCAGUUGGUGCAAAGGCCUGAAGCAGAAGCGAGUCCUGGCCCAGUACCCAGAUACACCUCCAACUGUGUCAGAGCUGUCACAGGCUCAUGUAAAUUUUAGGUUCCUACGUGAAGAAUCCCAUUUCAACCCCAAUAAUGAAAUGUAUCCCAAUGAAGAAAUCCCACCAGAACCUGGCACUCUGCCCCCGUACUACGAUUCACUAUGCAUUCAGCCCCUGGAUUUCACAGAAUCAGACAGUGAUGGAGGGGGCCAGAUCAACACUAAGUGCAAUUUAUCAUCUUUAUCCAACUGUCCCAACAAAGAGCCUGGUCUGCCUGGGCUCUGCGAUUCACUUUGAACAACACUUUGUUCUUAAAACUCCAAAAUAUAAACCCACUGAAGAAGCCCAGUAUUGCAAGGUGAACGCUUGGGGAAAUUCUGCACCAAAAAAUUAAAUAUUCUGCAACAAAAAAUGAAAAAUUCUGGGCGCAAUAUUUUAAAAUUCUGCAAAAUUCAGCAUAUUUUGUCAAAAUAACACAAUAUAAUC